AUGGAAGCGUUCACUUUGCUCAAAUACCUGAAACCAACCGAAGCAACACCUCAACUUCAACCUCAACCUCCUCCUCCUACAGAAGAAGAAGAAGAAACCGACUACAUCGAAACCACUACUGACGAAGAAGGAGAAGAAGAAGAAGAUGAGCCUUUCUUUGACAUAGAGUUCACUGUACCCGACGAAGAACCAGAACAAGAACAAGAACAAGAACCAAAAGAGUACGAGAAUGAGCUCGGAUUUACGCUUUCCCCUUUAACCAACGAACAACUUCAGUUGGAACUGAAUUCCUCCGAACCUAACUCCAAGCCUCAGUUCACCGCCGCGUUCCUGAAAUCCGCCACCAAGCUCCGUGUUUUCAUCUCUGGUGCUCUCAACAAAUCCAAAUCCUCUGACUCUACUUCCCAAAAACCAGAGUCGCAGAAAAAGAAACUCUUCACCGUGAAGUUCAAAGUAGAUGAAGUUCCCUUCGUGUCGUUCUUCACCAGAGAUAACAGUUCUAAGGGAAAAACUGGUAGUGAUGACAAUCAAGCCUCUCAAAAGCAGAAGAAACAGCACAACAACACUGAGGAAGAUGAAUCCAAGUUACAUUCACCUUCUUCUGCUUCUUCUGAUGAGAAACUACGCUUCUCAAAGGAAGUAAUACAGAAAUAUUUGAAAAAGGUUAAGCCUCUUUAUGUAAAAGUUUCUCGAAAAUAUGCGGAGAAGCUCAAGUUUCCUACCAGCCAACUGAACUCGUUGCCGAUGAAGAAACCGCCGGCGGAGAAGGUUCCGCCGGGAACCGAGGGUAACAAUGUAAAAAGUCAGAAACAGGGGAGUCUGCCUCUGCCUGCAGGGUUGCGAGUAGUGCGUAAACAUUUGGGGAAGAGCCGUUCGGCGUCAUUGGCGACGGAGGUUACGACGGUAUCUUCCCGGAGAGAUGAUUCGACGAUGCAGCAACAGGAUGGUAUACAGAGUGCCAUUUUGCAUUGCAAGAGUUCCUUCAAUGCUUCCAAAGAAUGUGAUCCGUUGCAGUUUGAAUCUUCAAGAAAACAUGGAAAGGAGUUGGAAGAUGAUGGAGGGAUUUUGAAAUAG